GAAGUGUUAAAACAUUUAUCCAAUAACCAAACUCUUGAACAUAUAAAAAGAGUGUACAAAAUGGCAUUUUUAAGGUCAAUUGUGACUGCAAAAACAACCGCCAUUGCUGCUGCUUUUGCUAUUUCUUCCAUUUCCUCUUCAUCGCACUUUGAAUUCCUAUCGAAAAAUCUAAAAUUUAGCUCAAUUUGUAGUUGUAAUAAUAAGCCGAUUCUCCAAUUAAGCUCAUCGAAGAAUCUACAAAAACCAAGUCAUCCAUCAGCUCUGCAUAUGGAUACGCCUUCUUCAAAUCACCUAACUUCCACCCAGAAUGGCGCUGUUUUGCCUGAGUUGCUGACAGAGUUUAUGGUGGACAUGUCGUGUCAAGGCUGUGUUAAUGCAGUCAAGAGCAAAUUGCAGACUGUUGAAGGAGUUAAGAAUGUGGAUGUGGACCUCGAUAAUCAAGUAGUGAGAAUUCUUGGAUCUUCACCUGUGAAGACUAUGAGUGAAGCCUUCGAGCAAAUAGGUCGAAAAGCCCGUCUGAUUGGACAAGGAGUACCGGAUGAUUUCCUUAUAUCUGCUGCUGUUGCCGAAUUCAAAGGGCCAGAUAUUUUUGGUGUUGUUCGCUUGGCUCAAGUCAAUAUGGAAUUAACUAGGAUUGAAGCAAACUUCAGUGGCCUGUCACCUGGAAAGCAUGCUUGGUCAAUUAACGAAUUUGGUGAUUUGACGAGGGGGGCAGCUAGUACUGGGAAAUUGUAUAGCCCACCACUCGGUGACCUGGGCACACUGGAUGUUGACGAGAAAGGCGAGGCAUUUUAUUCUGGAGCUAAAGAGAAGCUAAGAGUUGCUGACCUGAUUGGGCGAGCUGUAGCGGUGUAUGCAACUGAAGAUAAAUCAGAUCCAGGCCUUAAAGCAGCAGUGAUAGCCAGAAGUGCAGGAGUUGGUGAGAACUACAAGAAACUUUGCACUUGUGAUGGUACCACUAUUUGGGAAGCAACCAACAAACUCUGAACAGUUUUGCUAUCUUUAGACCAUUGUGUUCUUUGUAUACUUUAUCUGUAUCCCUUUUAUGAUCAUGUAAUAUUCAAAUUGGAUGGAGCAAUUUAAUGUAUCAAAAUAAAGGUCAUCAUUUGCUCACUCA